CUACUUAAAAAAUCAGUAAUCCAUGCAUCGUCAGCUUUUCCUGCCCUCCGUCCGUCGCAUCUCCCGUUUGCCUUCGUCCGCACCCACGCGUCAUCCGUCCGAUCGGCAUCCGCACGCAUCGUCAGCGCCCAUAUCGUCCGCACGCAUCGUCAUCGUCAAUACGGCUCGAUCCCGCUCGCUCGAUCCACGCCACCAUAACGCUUUCCCAAUCCACGCCGCGGUCCUUGCUCGCUCGAUCCACGCCGCCACAACGCCUCCUCCCCGCGCUGCAAAUCUCGCCGCAUCCCGGCGCCCGCACCACUCGUGUCGUUUCCUCAACCUCCUCGCCUCCCUCCGUUGCAACAGGAUCUGCCUCUCGCCAGGUCACCGCGCCGCCAUCGGGGUCUGCCUUGGCCUCGCAACCACCCCUCCGUCAGUCGUCUCCACUGCCCGUCUCCACCAUCUUCGGCCGUUUCCUCGUCAUCGCCUUCUCCUCAGCCGUGUAAGGAGAGCUCCUUCAGGGGAUACAGAUGAUAAAAACUCAAUUGUGCUUCCUGCAAAGCAUAUUCAAGCCGCAGCCAAAACUGACUCUGACAUGUUUAGUAAAGGAUUGCGAAAUUAAAGCAGAAAGAACUCAGAAGAAAUAGAAGUUUAGAAGGAGAAGGGGAUACGGCAGCAACCACUAGGAAAAAAGGAAAUAUCUGAUUGAGUGGCAGUUUGCCGAGGAGGAGGGGAGAAGGGUAGCGGCUGAUUUGAGGAUUCCGUUGCUUGCUGGCUUACUGCACGUGCAGUUCUUGCUCCUUUUGCAAAACGAUGGCGUCUUCGAAACGAACCGGGGGCCGCACUCCAUUUGGAGACCUAUCCAAAACCACCAGCACGGAUGGGGUCAGCAAUAUCAAUGUUGGUGUACCCACGACAUCCGCUACACAACCACCCCUCGUAGAUCCUAAAGAACGUAAGAGACAAAGGGCAAGGGAUCGGUAUGCGCAAAUGUCUGGCCAAGAAAAAGAUGAAUUUCUGAAAAAGAAACGUGAAGCAUAUCAUCGAAAGAAAGCUGAAGCCACCCUUGUAACUGUCGAACAGCAUCAAACAUCCACGUCCCUUCCAACUGCAUCCAACAAGGAGAACAUGGCUCCGGAUGAUAGUAUUGAUUGGUUGCGCAGAAGUGAUAUGUAUCUGAGGCAAAAUAUUCCUUUACCAUAUCAGGUACAAGAGAGCAUUAUGACCAGUACUGAAACAACAAAUACCCCUAUUCAAUUGCCAGUGGAUUACGUUGUUGGUGACUGCACACCUACGUAUGAAGACAUUGUUGGAAAUGGAAGCAUCAUUGACGUCACUAAUACCCCACGCUGCCCUAUUCCAGGAAAGAAGCGUGCUCGCGAUGCUUCGCAUCAUAUUGUCAUGUUAGAUGACCAAAGGCAAUCACAACGUACCCCUUAUUCAAUCGAGACCAUAACAAAUGAUGAUUGUGCUACCCCUACUUCCCCAGCUAAGAAUUCACGUAAGCAAAAGUUGACAAACGAGCAAAUUGAAGCUAAGCACGUGAGGGAUAGGGCACGACAUGCAAAUUUGACACCCGAGCAAAGGCAAGCGAGACGCUAUCGUCAAAAUGUGCAAAACGCAUUGCGACGUAACACCCUAAGUCGGGAGCACAUUGAAACGAGGCACGAACGUCGAAGGGUGCAUAAUAUGACAUCCGAGGAGAAGAAGUCAAAGAGAGAUCAAGAAAAAGCACGUUAUGUGGCACGACGCAAUACUCCGAGCCAAGAUUCCAUCGCUAUGGAGAACCCUAUGUAUAUCCCAACUAUCGCGCCCCUUACUAUGGAUGCAUCUGGUCUGGUUGGAUCCAUAGUUACUGGUGAUUGGGUCAUUCCUACAGUCAAAGGUACGUCUAUUUACAUCCAGUCAGCUUCGGAGCAUAUGUCGGAUGGGGAGAUUCAGGAGAUGAAUGCCAGUCAAAGAUCUCGUAGACAACGUGUAACACCCGUAGAAAGGCAAGCAUUGCUAGCCCGUCGUAACGAAAGCUUUGCAACUAGACGGGACAAGAAAGCUUUUGCCUCGUCAGAAGAAAACCCAGCUGUAAGUUCACAAGACAUCAAUGGUUUGGAGCCUCCAACACAAUCAGUUGUCAUGAACAACGGUAAUAUUCUAACCUGUAUUCAGGUUUCCCAAUUUCCAAUUCAAAAUAGACCCUGAUGUACUGUACUCUUGUUGUAUUGAUAGAAAAUACCCCUCUAGCAUCUCAAACUACCAACGCUGCAGCAUCUCAAACUGUCAACGCUGCAGCACCUCCAACACCUCCAACACAGCCACCAAUUACCGAUGACGGUGACGAUGAAGUCAUAUUCGAGGAGGACUCUGAAGAUGAGGAGGGCUGCAUGUUCGCUGGUCGAGACGGUGACACUGACGAGGAUGUCGAAUUCGAUCAAGCUGACGACGCCUCUGCUUCUAACUCUAGCGUAUCCAAUCCGUACGACCACGUGUAUAGCAAUAUACCCCCAGCCACGCACAUGCUGAAGCCUGUUGAAAACUGUCAAUAUUGCAAUGCGAAUAAGUUCGAGCAUGAGACAAAGGGGUUCUGUUGCCGUAAUGGAAAGAUUAAACUAUCUACCCCAGAAACACCACCCGAGCUCAUGAGGCUAUGGUCGAGUGCAGACGCUGAUGCUAGGCACUUCCGUGACAACAUAAGAUUUUUCAAUGGUCAUUUCUCAUUCACCUCACUUUACUGUCACCUUGACAGUGAGACCACUGACAUGAAAAAAAGUGGUAUUUACACGUUUCAUGCCCACGGUCAAAUGUACCACAACAUACAGUCAUUUGGUAUAGAUGGUUCGGAACCCAAGCACCUGGAGCUUUACUUCUAUGAUGACGAUCUCAGUCUAGAGCACCGGUAUCGCCGUUGCCGCGAAGAGCAGUACCAGCAAGACAAGGAAGUCAUCAGGAAGCUGGUUGACAUACUUCGUGACAACCCGUACUCUGAACAACUCAGGAGUAUGGGACAGGCUGAGGACCUUGAUGACUACCGCGUGACAUUGAACCUCGAUCAUAAGUUGGAUCAGAGAACAUAUAACAUGCCAGCCACUUCAGAGGUGGCCGCUGUUUGGGUUGAGGGGAGCGAACGCCGAAGGCACUUUGAGAAUAGCUGUUCGGCUAGCAUUCUGAUAUUCCAAAGGUUGGUGUGUCCAUCGAUGCGGUAA